AUGGCCGCUCCCCGAUCGACGUCGUUGCGUGCUUUGCGUCUGCUGUCUCAGCAGCACGCCGCUACCCCCAGCAUUCGCCGAGGGUUACACAUCACUGGUGCCAACUCGGCCCAGCCGGCCAAUGUCUCGGAUAAGAGCACUUUGUAUGCUGCUCGCAGUCUGUCCGACCUCAAGAGCGAGUGCCAGAGAAGAUCUUUGAGGGCCAACGGUAGCCACCCCGAGCUCGUUGAGCGUCUUGCCAACCAUGACUUCCUUCAGUCCCGCGCCUUCAGCAUUGCCAUGCGGAGAAUUAAUGGCAGCUCCACUUCCGAGAAAACCUCGGGUCGGCAAUUUAAUACCUCUCGUGCUCAGAAGGCCGUGAAUGACUCAUCUACUGUGGACUUUGCCUACCUGCCGUCCCUGGCGGAUAUUGACCCUCCUGCACCUCGCGCCGAUCUGCGCAUCCCGGUUCUUCCCGACGCCUACAACCACCACGAGACCGUCCAGAGCACCAGCUCGCCGAUGCGACCCCAGGUCUACACUGUAUCCGGGGAAGGAGCCGACGUCUCCGUCAGUCCGAUGACGGAGGUCGUGGACAACCACUCGGUGGACAUCGAUCCGUUCUCUUUGACAGAAGCGGUGGGCAAGUCCCGCUUCGAGGCCGGCCUGGAACAACAGAAGAAGUCCGGCGAGCCGGGAGUUGUUCGAGAAUUGUGGACGGGGAUGUGGGAAGACAUCUUCAGUCCUAAACAGUCGAGUCAUCAGAAGCAGUGA